UCCUCCUCUCCUCCUCCUCCUCCUCCUCCUCUUCUUCUUCUUCCUCCUCCUCCUCCACCCACCCGCGCAUCCUUACUAGCCAGCCUCGCUUGCACGCUCGCUCGGGGCGCUUGGCACAAAAAAAGAAAGAAAGUCUCGCCAGCCUCUCCGCGCUGGGGGAAGCGGAGGCGGGCGCAGCCCCAGCCCGUGCCCACCUCUGCCCGCCUUCGCUUGCUUUGCAAGCCCGCUUGCCCGCCCCGGAUUUUGCCGCUGCUGCUCCUUCGCCUUCGCCUCCCUUCCCUUCCCCGCCGCGGAAGAUGCUGACCUCGUGGCUGCGCGCCCGGGCCAAGACGGAGAGGUUGCGAUUCUCCGGAUGAGAUUGACUCUUGGCGCAGAAGGUGGGCUCAAGGCUCCAUAAAGAUGCAGAAGGGAGUUUGGCUGCUGAGCGUGUUCACAGUAGCUGGGAUCGCGCCGACCACAGAGAGCCGCAAACCUGCCAAAGACAUUUGCAGCAAGAGCCGCUGCCCUUGCGAGGAGAAGGAGAACGUGCUGAAUAUUAAUUGCGAGAACAAGGGAUUUACGACGGUCGGCUUCCUCCUGCCUCCCCCGUCCAAGAUCUACCAACUCUUUCUCAACGGGAAUGCGUUCGCCCGACUCUACCCCAACGAAUUUGUCAACUACUCCAAUGCCGUGACGCUCCACUUGGGUUACAACGACAUGGAAGAGAUUCGAACUGGGGCCUUCCUGGGCCUUCGGAUUCUUAAGAGGCUGCACCUCAACAACAACAAGCUGGAGAUUUUACGAGAGGACACCUUCCUAGGCUUAGAGAGCCUGGAGUAUCUCCAAGCUGACUACAACUACAUCACUGCCAUUGAGGCGGGGGCUUUCAGCAAACUCAACAAGCUGAAGGUGUUGAUCCUCAACGACAACCUGUUGUUAUCCCUCCCUAGCAACGUGUUUCGUUUUGUCCUCCUGACCCAUCUGGACCUUAGAGGGAACCGGCUAAAAAUGAUGCCUUUUGCUGGCGUCUUGGAGCACAUCGGGGGGAUUAUGGAGAUCCAGCUGGAGGAGAAUCCAUGGAACUGUACCUGUGACCUUCUUCCUCUCAAAGCUUGGCUAGAUACCAUCACGGUCUUUGUUGGGGAGAUCGUGUGCGAGACCCCUUUCAGGUUGCACGGCAAAGAUGUCACCCAACUCACCAGGCAGGACCUCUGCCCUCGAAAAAGUGUGGGCGAUUCCAACCCGAGGGAGAAAUACCCUCCCCACUCAGACACACACAUCCAGAGACUCCCCCCAACAGUUAACUCUGCUGUCGGGGCCACCAGGGCUCCCAAAGCCAGCCGCCCACCCAAAACCAGGAACCGCCCAACCCCACGGGUCACCGUGUCUAAAGACAGGCAGAUUUUUGGGCCCAUCAUGGUUUAUCAAACCAAAUCUCCCGUGCCCCUAACUUGCCCGAAUCUUUGUGCUUGCACUUCGCAAAGUUCUGACAAUGGGUUGAACAUCAACUGCCAGGAGAAAAGAAUUGGCAACAUCUCCGAUCUCCAUCCCAAGCCCACCAGUCCAAAGAAACUCUAUUUGACAAGCAAUUACUUGCAAACGAUAUAUAGAAGCGAUCUCGUGGACUAUCCUUCCCUGGACUUGUUACAUUUGGGAAACAAUAGGAUUGCUGUGAUCCAAGAAGGUGCCUUUUCUAACCUCACCAGUUUACGCCGGCUUUACCUCAAUGGUAACUACCUUGAGGUCUUGUAUCCUUCCAUGUUUGAAGGGCUCCACAGCUUACAGUAUCUCUAUUUAGAGUAUAACGUGAUUAAAGAGAUCUUGCCACGCACCUUUGAUGCAUUGGGCAAUCUUCACCUCCUCUUUCUGAACAACAAUCUCUUGAGGUCCCUGCCGGACAAUGUCUUUGGAGGCACCACCUUAACUAGACUCAACCUGAGAAACAACCAUUUCUCGUACCUUCCUGUGCAAGGUGUCCUCGACCAGCUUUCAGCCCUCAUUCAAAUUGACCUUCAAGAAAACCCGUGGGACUGUACCUGUGAUAUCAUGGGGUUGAGAUACUGGAUAGAACAAGUCACCGAGCAAAACAAUCAGCAGUCAGGAAGCCCGGUGGUAAUCAACGAAGUGAUCUGUGAUUCUCCUGCCAAGCACGCUGGAGAACAUCUCAAGACCUUGAGCAAAGAAGCCAUCUGCCCCGAGAACCCCAACCUCUUAGAUUCUUCUCUCUUGUCCCUCAACCUGAACACCGAUAUGCCAUCAGCCUUCAGUAUCUUCCCCAGUGCUUUUCCGGAAAUGCGGACUGAAGUCCCCCUUUCCGUCUUAAUUUUGGGCCUUCUGGUUGUGUUUAUUUUGUCGGUCUGCUUUGGGGCUGGGCUUUUUGUCUUUGUUCUCAAACGCCGUAAGGGUCUGCCAAGUGUGCCCAGCAGUGCCAACAACCUGGACGUCAGUUCCUUCCAACUGCAGUACGGGUGCUACAACAGCGAGGCCCAUGAGAAAACGGAAGGGCACGUCUAUAACUACAUCCCGCCUUCCGUUGGCGAGAUGUGCCAGAAUCCUAUCUACAUGCAGAAGGAAGGAGACCCCGUCGCUUACUACAGGAAUCUCCACGAAUUUAACUACAGCAAUCUGGAGCCGAAGAAGGACGAUUCUGCCAGCUUCGCCUUCACCAUCACCGCGGCAGACAUGCUGGAGAAGCAAUCUUUUUCGAGAGAGCCUGAACUGUUGUAUCAAAACUUGGUGGAGAGGGUGAAGGAGCUGCCCAGCGGAAGCAUGGUCCAGUAUAAUUUCUGCACCCUCCCCAAAAGGCAGUUCACCCCUUCCUACGAGUCCAGGCGACAAAACCAAGACAGGCUCAAUAAAACGGUUUUGUACGGGACUCCGAGGAAGUAUUUUACGGAACUGUCCAAACCAGAUCUCCCUUUGCUGCAAGGAAAGUUGCAGGCCGAACCGGAUUACCUCGAAGUAUUGGAAAAACAAACUGCCAUUAGUCAGUUGUGAAAUGGGGAGGGGGGGGAAAGAAGACCUGGGGAAGGGGAGGGUUGCAUUGGAUGGGUGGGGAAAGUCUUGGAAAAAAAGAGAGCAAGCCAGAUCUGAACUGAAGACCUCCAAUGAAAUUGGUCCCAGAAUAAGAAUAAUAUUUUUUUGGGUUUUUUUUUUCUUUCUCAUCAUCAUCAUCAAUGAAGACAUUUUCAGACCAGGCCAGGUUUUUGGAUGGGCGUCUUCUACUAAACUCCCUUUAAGUUAUUAUAAUUAUUACUAUUGUUAUGAUUUUGCAUAUCUUCCUCCUUUUUUCCCUCCGUGUUCGGCCUUUUUAAAGAACUGAAUGAAUGUUUCUUCUCGGAACAUUUGCAUUGGGUUAUUUCUGGGGGAAAAAAGAUGAAGAGACGAUACGAAAAGGUUCUUUCGAUACCCGUGGCCCCAUCCAGAGAAUUGAGAUGGAACAAUAAUGUCUGAAACCGAUGUUCUGUCCUUCCUUCACUAGACUAGGAAAUGUCUUUUUCUCUUUCCCUCCCUCCUUUCUUCCCUCCCCCCCUUUUUUAUUUUAUUUUAUUUUGUAAAUAAAAAUAUUGACAGUCCUUCUUUUUCAAUGGUUAAGUACAAGCACUGGGCGUCACAUUUGUACAUGUGCGUUAAAGUGUCUUUGCACUUUAAAUACAUCAUCACGUCAUGGUCCGAAGGUAAUUGUAUUUUAUUUUUUACUUAAGGGAAGUGCCCCACUUUGCUACAAGGGGUGAUCGCUUAAUUGACAAGCAAAAUCCCAUGUAAGGGAAUUUCUGUUUUUUUUUUUAAUGGACUGAACUGUAAAAAUGUUCUUUUAUUCCGCUUUUUAUUUCCGGCCUGAUUUUUACAUACAUUUCGAAAAUGACUUAAGAAUUUAGCUAGUGGAUUGGGGGUAUCCAGCCCUCUCACUUGGGAGCGAUCGUUCUUUAAAAGGAAAAAAGAAAAAAAGUUAACACAAAAUCAACACCGCCUGAUCCACAGAGCUCCCAUAAUUGUUAAGCCGCAGCUCCUAACACCGUUAUAAUGUUCAAUGUUUUUCAGAUCAUUCGCCUAAUUAAGGGAACAUUACUUUACUUGUAAUAUAUUUUUUUUCUGCAUUAAAAUUAGAUAUUUUUAUA